ACACUGUCCUGUUUAUUAACAUUCAGAAACGUGCAGUAAAAAGCAAAAUUAGAAGACACCCAUGAUGUCUUUACCUUUCUACCAAAGACAUCAUGAGCACUAUGACCGUGCGUACCGCCAUAAAGCACUGCAGUCCACUGUAAGCCAGUACCAAAAGGAAACAAAAGGCAAAUCUGCUGUCUAUGCUCAAGGAUCUACAGCUUAUGCUAGGGGCUCUGCAGCCUAUCGCCAUGCAUCUGCAGCAGACUUCAGCCUUGACUCUUCAGCGGCAUAUAGUCAUGGCUCUUCAGCCUAUGACCUUGAGUCAGCAGCCUACAGCUAUGGAUCUACAGCCUAUGAUCACUCCGCUGCACGAAGUAAAAGAUCUGCUGCCUACAGUCUUGACUCUGAAUCCCUCAGCAAGAGCUCAGCUGCCUACAGCCAUGGAUCUGAAUCCAUCAACAAGCUGGCUGCAGCCUACAGGCUGGUCUGAAGCCUACAGUCUCGGACUAAAAGAUUCCAAUUUAAUGAUAGAAGAUCAAUCCUAUAAGAUGAGUCCCAAAGCAAAGAGAGCAAAACAGCAUUUGGUAUCUGAGGACAAAGAGAAUGAAGCCAUAGACUACUCAGUGCCCAUAUUCACAGGACGAGAAGUGAGUAUCAGUGGGAUCACAGACACGGAAGAAGAAAGAAUUAAAGAAAGUGCUGCAUAUGUUGCCAAGAGGAACCUUUUUGCCACAGGUGAAGGAGUUAGUGUCAGCAAAGUGGCCAAGUCAACUUCUGAAGAGGAACAUCAUGAAAAGAAAUCGAGGAAAGUAGCGAUCCGGGAGUCUGCUGAACGUGUGGCCCUGAAGAAAACGCUAGAAGACACUCAGGCAUUCCACAAAAAGUUGAAUCAAGAUAAACUUUUGCAUCCUCCUGAGUUUGUUAUUGAGCCUCGUUCUCACACUGUCUGGGAAAAGCAAAAUGUCAAAUUUCAUUGUUCUGUGGCUGGCUGGCCAGCACCCCGCGUUACAUGGUACAAAAACAAUGUGCCCAUCAAUGUACAGACUCACCCCGGCAAGUACAUCAUUCAAAGUCGAUAUGGGCUGCACUCACUGGAGAUUAGCACAUGUGAUUUUGAUGACACUGCUCAGUAUCGGGCCUCUGCUAUGAAUGUUAAAGGAGAAAUUUCGGCUUAUGCUUCCCUUGUGGUAAAGAGGUACAAAGGAGAAAUUGAUGCAAGUCUUUUAUAUCCUGGAACUGUUUCCAUGCCUCUGGGCCUUGGCGUUAGCCCUCAUGGCUAUGCUUCCAGGUUUGAAAUCAGCUUUGUUGACAAGUUUGAUGUAGCCUUUGGGAGAGAAGGCGAGACAAUGAGUCUGGGCUGCACAGUUGUCAUCAGUCCUGAUAUCAAGCGCUUCAAACCAGACAUCGAAUGGUACAGAAAUGGUGUUCUUAUUACACCAUCCAAGUGGGUCCAGAUGCACUGGAGCGGGGAGCGAGCUUCAUUAACACUAACUCAUGCAAACAAGGAAGAUGAAGGUCUUUACACUCUACGAGUGGUGAUGGGAGACUACUAUGAAGAAUACAGUAGUUAUGUCUUUGUUCGAGAUGCUGAUGCUGAAAUCCCUGGAGCCCCUGGCGCACCACUAGACGUGCAGUGCUUAGAUGCCAACAAAGAUUAUGUCAUUGUCUCCUGGAAGCAGCCCGCUGUCGAUGGAGGAAACCCCAUCCUCGGAUAUUUCAUUGACAGGUGUGAGGUUGGCACCACUCACUGGACCCAGUGCAAUGAGACUCCCGUGAAGUUUGCUCGUUUUCCUGUCACUGGUCUUAUUGAAGGCCGUUCCUACAUUUUCCGAGUCCGAGCUGUGAACAAAGCUGGCAUUAGCCUACCAUCCCGAGUGUCAGAGCCUGUGGCUGCUCUGGAUCCUGCUGACAGAGCCAGGCUUAGAAGUCACCCUUCUGCUCCAUGGACUGGACAGAUUAUUGUCACUGAGGAAGAACCUACAGAGGGUGUUGUUCCUGGUCCACCUACAGACCUCCAAGUUAUUGAAGCCACCAAGAACUACGUUGUGCUUAGCUGGAAACCUCCUGGGCAGCGUGGCCAUGAGGGUAUCAUGUACUUUGUGGAAAAG